AUGGACCAAGCAUUCUGGGAUGGUACUAUUGGCCUCCUCCAAGAACUGCGCAAUAGGAAUCAUGAGAUAUUGAUAUUCUUUGAUAUCGUCAACAGGAACGAUCAACUAUCAUUACAGCAUACCCCAAUAACAUUCCUCUGUUCGUCCUGUGGGUUUGAGGAGCCGAACGUACCGGGCAUCUUUAACAUAAGUCAACUUCCAGCAACUUUGACCAACUUCACCAUCUACAACAACGUCAAGUUCGAGCCGACCUUUGACUUGUCCAGAUGUACAUCACUCAAGAGCUUGUUUAUCACAGGAUUGAAUGGAAAGCCUUUGGAUGGUGCAGGAUCACUCACCAAGCUCAACGUGGCGUUCACCUUUGACAAACCUAUAAUCAACCUUCCAACAAGCAUCACAGACUUGACAUGUCCCAUCCACACAGCUCCAAUGCUCUCCGUCCAACAUCUACAGAGAAUAUACCUUAGAGACUUUCGUCAUAUGUUCAAUCCAUCAUUUCCACAUCUUCGAGUGCUCCUAAUCGGAGAGAUCGAAGCCGAUGGCCUGUUGCUCAUCACGCCGGACAACUUUCCAGUGCUGCAGGACUUCUCUACGAGUUUCAAGUCCACCAACGAUAAUAAGACUGGCUCAUUCUUUGACCUAACCAAACUUCCACCGUCCUUGAGAGUGUUGGACAUCACCACACAAACAGCACUGCCACUAUUGCCCAAUGGUAUUGAGCGAUUGUUUAUCUCUUUCAGCAUCUUGAGAGCAGGGGAGAUCCCGCCAACAGUCACCCACUUGAAGCUCAAUGGAAGCGACCUUCCUCAGUUGGAUCCGACACUACUGCCACCAUCACUGAUCAGUUUAUUCCCAGCACAUAUUGACAACACUAAGUAUACAGCAUAUGAUCUGAGACGAAUCAACUCCACUCUAUUCCUCAACACCAUCGAGGUUAGAGACAACUGUGAUGGAACCAGAAAUGAUGGUAGGAGCGUAUGA